ACCAGAAUCGAAGAACUGUUUCUCGCCAGUCCUCAUGCAAGUCAACCCUUCCCCACUUUGCCCCUUCGCUCAUCCGACCCUUCCAUUCUUGCAAUCAUGGACCCCAUUCUACCCGAGACCCCUUCGCCAAUUCUGCGCAGCGGUGUUCCAACAACCACGACAGCUGCAACAGCAGCACCAGUACCAGCAGUAGCCGCAAUACUAUCAACCUCUUUAUCCGCACCAGCACCAGCAGCACCAGCGUCAGUCAUCACACCUUUAACUUUGGCGCAAGCUGCCUCCAUACCCAUCAAAACGACCCAAGGAGCCCCUCCCGAUGUUCAACCAGCGACCGCAACUCGUCAUCCAACAUCCCGGUCGACCAACCCCUCCCAGGCCUCCUCUCCGUCUUCCCAGGCCUCCUCUUUGUCUUCACAUCAGCCCAGUAAGCGCAAAGAGAUUUUGUCUGCGCCUUCGGAUCCGCCAAAGGCUAAAGAGGCAAAGCUCAGCCAGGCCAGGACCAGCCGUGCUGAGUCAUCCCGAUCUCGAGGCACUAGAGCAGGACAUACUUUCUCUGCCGAAGAAACAUCAUGGAUUGUGACCCAGCUUCAGGAUCCUGAGGUCUACCUCCGACACCAUGGCAAUAGGGACAAUACAGUUCGACAAGCACCAAAGAUCAGAGUCUACGAAAGGAUUGCGACGGUCUUCAAUAACCGCUUCCCCAACACCCGGAUCGACUCAAUGCAGAUCAAGAACAAGAUCUCAAAGAUGAAAGCCCAAUUCAAACUUGCUGACGCCAAAUGA